AAUAAUUUUCUUUGUAUUGCCAACAAGUAGAUGUCUUUUUGUCCACUGAGGAUCUGAGGUUGUUGCUCCUCGCGGGGAACCGAGUGCCCGCUGAGUGUACUGAGUUCAGGUGUGCUUGAGAGAGUUUAUCGGCGAGAGAUCGACAGCAGCAGCACGUGACACAAUAAAAAUAUGUGUAACGAUUUUUUUUUUGGUAGUUUAUUUCUUAAGAAAGUUUUUUUCAUGGUUUUGUCCUCUUCACACCAAAGAGAUGCCUCAUUCUGCGAAUGUCAAGGAAGGAGCUCGGUUAUGCAAAGCGACAUUUAUAUUCGAUCUCUGGUUUAUGGGGUCAUGGUCUGCUUGGCCAUCCUUAUGAUGGUUAUGGUGGUCUGGAAAGAUUCUUUUCAAAUCAGUGCCGUAUAUCAACCGGCAGCCACGUCCAACCCGCAGAUCCAGCCAGAACUCAACGUUUCCCUGACAAUGUCCACCCCUACGCCGACCACCACUAUGCCUCCACCUCCUUCUUCACGUCUGCUCUGCCACAGCUUCGAUGGCCGACUGGGUAACCAAAUGUUUCAGGUGGCCAGCAUUCUGGGUCUAGCAUGGACGAUGAACAGGACUCCCGUAUUCGUCGGCGACUUCCAGCUGGAAAGGCUUCUAGAACACUCCCUCAAGUGGUCCAAUCAGGCUGAGUUGGAGAAAAGGUGUAGCAAAGCGCAAGUCAUCCAUGAAGACAACUGUUACAGGUUCAAAUAUUCCUUCGCCGAGCUGGAUCCCAAAAUAGACUUCUCCCUUGGAACCUACCUUCAGUCGUGGAAAUAUUUCGAUAAGUUCCGAGCGCAGGUCAAACGAGCGUUGGUCUUCAACCAGAACGUGGUGAAGAAAGCGGCAACCAUCGUCGAGAAGAUCAGGGACAGGCACAAGAAGGACCAUACUCAUCGGCGUUCACAUCAGGAGAAGCGACUUUGAGGCGGAAGGACAAAAGAGACGCGGGUAUCCGAUGGCAUCGCCGGGGUUUCUGAACUCCUCCUUUACAUAUUUUCAAAGACUUUUUGCUAACUGCACUUUUGUGAUUGCGAGCGAGAACACAAGAUGGUGCCGAGAAAACACACCACCCGGUGCUCAAGUGGAGUAUCUGGAUGUACACUCGCCGGCAGUGGACAUGUCUGUGCUGGUCUCCAUGGACCACGUGAUAACAACGUUUGGCAGCUAUUCGUGGUGGAUAGGUUACCUGAACGAAGGGAUUACCGUGUACAUGAAGGACUUCAUCGUGCCAGGCACGCACAUCGGAGGUCACUUCACAAACCCUGACGAUUACGUCUACCCCGGAUGGGUUCCUCUCUAGUUGCUCUCACAGCA